AUGUCGGAUUACUAUCGCGACCGCUGCCGUCAUGGCGGCAUUCUGUCAAACGCUUUUAUCAAGUUCUGGUGGAACCGCCAGGUCAUCACGAACCAGUAUGGUCGGCCAGGCCGCAGCGCAAGAAACUGGGGCCCGGACACCAUUGAGGGUGAUCUCGAAGAGGAGGAACUCGCCGCGAACAGGUGUGAUCAGACAACAGACAACCGCGAUAACAAAUUCCGAGACGAUCCUUACUACGCCUCGAAGGAGUACGACAUGGGCGAUAUUGAGGUCCCUCUGUUAUCGGUGGGCAACUGGGGCGGCAUCUUGUUGCACCUCCGCGGCAACAUUGAGGGAUAUCUCCAUGCUGGGUCGAAACUCAAGUACCUGCGCAUGAUCACCGGCCGUCAUGAUCUUCCCUUCUACUACAAGGAAGAGAUCGAGGUCCAACGAAGCUUUCUCGACGCUUUCCUCAAGGGAGAGGACCGCGUUGGCUGGUCUGAGCCGGGCAAGGUCUCACCUGUCACGCUGGUACUGCGCAAAGGCGAUGCUGGCUUCAAUGAUGCUGAAAAGGAAAAGAGCUUCCCUCGUCGUGAGGAGCAAGCGUGGCCAAUCGCACGUACAGAGUACAUGCAGUUCCACCUGACGCCGGAUCUCGGCUUAACGCCCGAUGCAGUGCAUGAGUCCCUAAGCGAUAGGGCAAAACUGUCAUAUCGUGCCCUUGGGUCACUAGAUGAUCAGCAGGUCCUUCAGUUUGUAACACUGCCCUUUGAGGCGGAAACGGAAGUCACGGGUCACGUUACGGCUCAUCUCAACGUCUCUGUUACUCCGGAUCCAUCUGGCCCGACACCAAGCGAUAUUGAUCUUUUCGUGACCCUGCGCCACAUAGGGCCGAAUGGACAGGAGAUCUACUACACGGGCACCGCUGGCGACCCCGUGCCCCUGACCAAGGGCUGGUUGCGCGUCAGUCUGCGAAAGAUCAACAAGGAGCACGCGAAGCACCGUGAAUGGCUGCCUCACCGCGACUAUACCAGCAAGGAUGUUUUGCCUGUCAUCCAGGGAGAAGUCUACACUGUUGAUGUCGAGAUCUGGCCGACCAAUGUGGUUGUCGAGAAGGGAGGCAAACUCGUUUUUGAGGUUUCGUCCGGUGAUACACAGGGAUCUGGAAUCUUCACGCAUGACGACCCGUCUGACAGGUCACCCGAGAAGCUGCAGGGUACGAAUCACGUCCAUUUUGGGCCUGGAUAUCAGAACUACGUUACUUUGCCAAUUAUUCCCCAGAAAUAG